GUGGUUAGUUACUCUUACUUUCCUUUGCAUUAACCCCCUUAGGCCCUGUCCGCCUAUAUAGAAGAAAUUAAGUACCUCCUGGUCUCAUUUCUUCGUCUCCUCUCUCGACUCCACGUGCGAUGCGUCUCAGUGCUGUGAUAAUUUUGGUGGUCCUCGGCCUGGUCCACGCCCAGAACAAAUACACCAACAAGUACGAUAACGUGGACGUGGACAAGAUUUUGAACAACGACAGGGUGCUCAAUAAUUACAUUAAAUGCAUGUUGGACGAGGGUCCGUGCACACCUGAAGGCAGGGAACUCAAGAAAACUCUGCCAGAUGCAUUGAACAGCGGAUGCACAAAAUGUACCGAAAAACAAAGAGAAAACACCGAGAAAGUAAUAAAACACCUGAUGUCGAAAAAAUCACGUGAAUGGGAGAGGCUGAGCAAAAAGUACGACCCACAGGGCCAAUUCAAGAAGCGUUACGAGGAACAGCUGUCUUCUGUUAAAUCAGCUUAACAUCCAUACCAUUUUCCAAAGAGUUUUUGUACUUAUCAUCUUGUUAUUAUAGUUUAGUAUACUUCAUUGAAUCGUGUAUCACUGCCAUGGUCAUAUUGAAUUAAUGAAAUGUUUCUUAAUAAAAAUAUAAAACCCAA